AUGCUCACUGUGAAUCAACAUACAGUUUUGAGUCACCAGAGACUUAAUACAGGCAAGAAAGCAAAUGAAUUUAAAUGUGAAAAAGCCCUCAGAUUUGGAUCAGACCAUAUUUAUCAUCAGCUAACUCACCCUGGUAACAAAUUCCAUGAAGAUAAGGAGUAUGGGGCAACCUUUCUUCCUGAUUCAGAUCUCACUCACUUUCAGCAAGUUCUCUGUGAAUUGAAGACUCAUCAAGGAAAGAAAUCUAGAGAGCCAUUUGGUUUGCACUCAAAAAUAUCUGGUCUUCAGAGAAUUCACACUGGUGAGAAAUCUUAUGAAUGUAAGGAAUGUGGAAAGUCCUUUACUUUGAAGUCAAACUUGACCCGACAUCACAGAGUUCAUACUGGUGAGAGGCCAUAUGUAUGUGAUACCUGUGGAAAAGCCUUCACUCAGAGAUCACAUCUUACUUCACAUCAGAAAAUUCACACUGGAGAAAAAGCUUAUGCAUGUGGAGUCUGUGGUAAGGCUUUUAAUCAUGGCUCAAACCUGACUAAGCAUCAGAACGUUCAUUAUCAUGUGAUUAAUGCUGGCAAGAAAAUACAUGAAUGUAUAGAAUGUGGCAAGCGUUUCAAUAGGCAUUCAAAUCUCACUCGUCAUAAGAAACUUCAUGCUAGAUCAGCUCCUAUUAGUCAUAACAGAAAUCAGGCUGGAGAGAAACCUUUUAGACAUAAGAGGUUUGGGAAAUCUUUUAGAUUUCCUUCACAACUUAGUUUACACAGACAAAUCCAUACUGGUGAGAAAUCUUAUGAAUGUAAGGAAUGUGGAAAAUCCUUUACUUUGAAGUCAAACUUAACCCGACAUCACAGAAUUCACACUGGUGAGAGGCCAUAUGCAUGUUAUAACUGUGGAAAAGCCUUCACUCAGGGAUCACAUCUUACUUCACAUCAGAAAAUUCACACUGGAGAAAAAGCUUAUGCAUGUGGAGUUUGUGGAAAAGGUUUUAAUCACAACUCAAACCUGAUUCAGCAUCAGAAUAUUCAUUAUGUCGUUAAUGUUGGCAAGAAAAUACAUGAAUGUAAAGAAUGUGGCAAGGUUUUUAAUCAACAUUCAAAUCUCACUCGUCAUAAGAAAACUCAUGUGGGAGAGAAACCUUUUAAAUGUAAGGAAUGUGGAAAAUCCUUUACUUGGAAGUCAAACUUGACCCGACAUCACAGAGUUCAUACUGGUGAGAGGCCAUAUGCAUGUGAUACCUGUGGAAAAGCCUUCACUCAGGGAUCACAUCUUACUUCACAUCAGAAAAUUCACACUGGAGAAAAAGCUUAUGCAUGUGGAGUCUGUGCAUACAUAUGGAAGAGUUUGUUCUAGGAGUUGGUUCUCGCCUACCCUGGGUGUUUCAGGGAUCCAAUUUAAGCUGUCAGGAUUCCCCCUGUAAGUGCCUAACUGCUGCAAAGUCUCUGUGGACCUACCACCCUGGCCCAUUGUUUCACUAUGUAUUUCUGGCAGGCCUGAAACUCCCUAUGUACACCCAGCUUACCUUGAACUCAUAAAGAUCCACCUGUCCCCGUUUCCCAAGUCCUGGGAUUAAAGACAUAUGCCACCAUGAACUGCCAACACGGAGGCUAGGAGCCUCCAAGGCUAGGGCUCCAACUUUUUGUGGUUUGUUGUUCUGGGUACAUGAGCCCAGUGUUUAAGGAAAUUAAAGUAAUACAUUUGAAAUUUACCUGGAAUGAUAAAGCUUUUGU